AUGCUGGGCACAGGCAGGGACGCCGUCGCGGCACACUGGGCGUGCGCCAAGAUCAGCGCGAGCGCCUCUGUGCCGGACGCGCAGCUGCGGGAGCAGCUGCUGGCGCGCCUCAAGGCGGUCCCUGGAGCGCGCUUUGCGCCCAUCGCCGCCCACGCCCAGGUCAACUCGGGGGCGCCCUAG